AUGUCUUUUUCAGACGACGAAGACGCAACCCGUCCGCCACCAACGCACAAACUGUACGAAGACGAAGAUACAAGUCCGACCACGACGCGUGAAUUACAGGCCUGGUAUGCCGUUCCCAUUGCAGCCGAAGUCUACGCCGUGGUCGCUGUGGGAGCAUUUCUGCCCGUGAUUCUAGAGCAAUUGGCGCGCGAGAAUGGCGUUUUUUAUUCUGAUCGCUCGAAACCUUGCGUUCAGCACGAUGCCGCCGGACGUGUGCGGAUGCGUGAAGCAGGAGGCAAUGGAGGAGCAGAGCAGUGCAUGAUUCGGCUUCUGGGUAUGGAUAUGAGCACGAGUAGUUUUGCUUUGUAUACGUCUUCGGUUGCUGUGUUGAUGCAGGCACUCGUGUUGGUGUGUUUUAGUUCUUUUGCAGACCAUGGUCCAUAUCGCAAGAAAAUGUUGCUAACAUUUGCAUGUAUUGGCUCUAUUGCCAGUUGCUCCUUCAUAUUCAUCACACCUUCAGUAUUCUAUCUCGCGCCCAUACUCGUCAUAGUCGGCGUGACAAGUCUCGGCUGCUCAUUCGUCCUCUUGAAUGCUUUUCUUCCCUUACUCGUUGCCAAACACCCAGAUGCUUCUUCGGCUAAGAAAUCCCGCUCAUCAGACGAGUACUCUGAUUACGAACUCGAGGCCCUGAAUCCAGAACAUACUUCUCCGCGCCGUCGCACACAUCCUGAAGCCCAUGCGAGCGAUCUGGCCCGCUCAGCAGAUAUAUCCAGCAAGGGCGUGGGAUAUGGCUACAUCGCCGCCGUUCUUGUAGAGGUCUUUAGUAUACUAAUUCUCUAUCUCUUCAACAAGACGGCAAUCCAGAAACGCAACCCCAGCCUCCCCAUCCGGGUCAUCCUGUUCAUUGUAGGAAUCUGGUGGGCUGUCUUCACGAUCCCGACUUUCCUCUGGCUGCGCCCCCGACCCGGUCCCCCACUACCGACUCAGCACAAGUUCGGAUCUCAGUCUCGCCUGCGUACAUUUUUAUUCUACACCCACUUUUCCCUCCGCUCGUUCUGGCGGACGCUCAAACGAGCCAUCAGUCUUCGACAAACACUACGAUUUCUCAUAUCAUGGUUCUUGCUCUCUGACGCUGUCGCCACAAUCAGCGGGACUGCGGUACUCUUUGCCCGUACGGAGCUGAAUAUGGGUAGUGUAGCCAUUGCACUGCUCUCCAUCACCUCGAUUGGCUCUGGUAUCAUCGGCGCAUUCGCCUGGCCACGCGUACAACAGCAUUUCUCACUGCAGCCCAAGACCAUACUACUGUGCUGCAUCGCAGGCAUGGAGAUCAUUCCCUUGUAUGGGUUAUUAGGAUACAUACCGUUGAUACAGAGACUGGGCUUCAUCGGAUUACAGCAGGCCUGGGAGAUUUAUCCAAUUGCUGUGUUACAUGGAGUUGUCAUGGGUGGGAUAUCGUCGUACGCGCGGUCCGUAUAUGCCCCGUUGAUCCCUCAAGGGAGUGAAGCAGCCUUCUUUGCGCUUUUUGCGGUAACGGACAAGGGUAGCAGUGCGUUUGGACCAGCCCUGGUAGGUUCGAUUGUGGAUCGGGCUGGUACAAUCAGGCCGGCUUUCAUCUUUUUGGCGGGAUUGGUUGUUACGCCGGCACCGUUGCUUUGGUAUCUCGAUAUUGACAAGGGGAGGCAGGAUGCGGCGGUCAUGGCUGACGGCGAUGGUAGAGGGCGUGGAGAGUAUGGGAGAGUGAAUGCGGAUGACUGA